GACUCUAACCAUGCUAGCUAGCGCGCACAUAUAUAUAUAUGUGGUCAUCAGGUAAGUAAAUAUACAAGAUAAACGCAUAUACUUAGAGCGAUAAAGAGCACGUAGAAAUGGCCGAGGAGUUUCAAGCUACAAUUUGUGGUGAUAACUAUUGGUGGAACUCAAAUAGAAGUUUGUUCUCUUUGAUGGGGGGAUCAAUGACGUGUUCUGUAGCAGCUGCUAAUGAUUCAGCAAACAAUUAUGGCUCUUUCUGGCAAGGUUCUGAUUUCAUGGAUUUCAAGGGAGCAACAACAAAAUCUUCUUUUAAAGAAGAAGAUACAGACAAGUGUAGUAAUAAUGAAUCAUCAAUAUCAGCAGCAGUAGCAGGUGGAACCGUUGGGAGUAUCUUCAUCAAUUCCACCUCACAAAUGAUGAGUUAUGGCCUCUCAUCUUCACCAUCAUCCCCUUGGAAUAAUCCUUCUCUAUUUGGUUGUAAUGAAAGGUCAGAAAACAAUUUCCAAUCUGUUGUGCUUCAAGAAGAAACGGGAUUAGAUCCUUCUAGUAAUAACUCACAACAGAUCCAGCAACAGCAAGAAUUUUCGAGUUCCAUGGGUGGUGGAUUUACAGUUGAAUCAUCAUUAUCUGCAUCUCAUGAUUACCCCUUGAUGCAAGCAGGACUAUUUGGUUCGACUGACUCAUCAUCAUCACUCUUCACAACUAACCAACCAACCCUUCCUGAACUGUCACCAAUAUGGUCUACGGUGUCUUCCUUUACGAAGCCUUCAUCAUUUAUGGAGCCAAAGCAACUUAAUGGAUUGCAAUUCUCAAACAAUACUCCUUUCUGUAAUGCUUCAACUGAAGAGACACUUUAUAAUAUAAGAUCUGAUAUCUUUUCUUCGUCUUCUUCUCAACCACAGCUAUAUCAAACAUCACCAACAACUUUUGAUAAUAGCAAACCCAAUAAUGCUCUAACUAGUACUCCACUCAACAAGUUGAAGAGAGAAGAAUCUCCAGAAAAAGCAUCAUCAUCAGUCUGUAGCAAAAAUGUUUCUGGGCGCGUCUUCAAAAAAGCAAGAAUUGAAACGCCAUCUCCUUUGCCUACUUUUAAGGUUCGAAAAGAAAAGUUAGGGGACCGAAUUACUGCUCUUCAGCAAUUGGUAUCACCUUUUGGAAAGACGGACACUGCAUCGGUUCUACAUGAAGCCAUUGAGUACAUCAAAUUUCUUCAUGAUCAAGUCAAUGUUUUAACUGCUCCAUAUAUGAAAAAUGGGUCUUCCAUUCAAGAUCAACAGGGAUGUGAUUAUGAAAAGGAUUCAAAAUGUUUAACGCAAGAUUUGAGUAGUCGAGGGCUUUGUUUGGUACCAGUUGCAAGCACAUUUCCGAUGGCUACUGAGACCACCGCUGAUUUUUGGACGCCUACAUUUGGAGACUCACUCAUCGGCAAUGUGGCAGGUAGUCAUCAAUGAGCCAAUAAUAAAUAUAUGUAAUAGAUUCUUUCCAGUGGAGAACUACUCAUCUACGAAAGUGAUAACUAUAUAUAGUUAUUUGUUUAAGAAGAAUAAUAGAGAAAAAGAAGCAAAUAUAAUGACAUCAAUUGUGAAUUGAGGAAAAAAAAAGUAGAGAUGGAAAAGAAAAACAGAAGAAAAAAAAAUCAAAAGUAAAGGCAAAAUGAUGUACACUAGUAGUUAAUGAUUAGUGACCACUGGAAGAGAAUAUACAUUCCUAUCUUAGCCUAAAUAUUUAGUAGUUAAGAAUGAAUUCAUAUAGUCCCCAUGUUUUAAUAUACUAGUAGUAAUCUGGAAGCUCCAUAUAAAGGAGGAAUAUAAACAAGUUGUAACUUUGGCAGCAUUAUUUUAUAUUAGAUUACAGGAAUUUUACUGUGGUUUAUGUUGUUA